AGGAUCAUGGUUUGCAACAUGGAAGCACUUAAACUUUGUUCAACAGCUUUGUGUGACAAUUACAUCAUACUUGCUAAAUUACCUGAUUGUAUUGUGCUUCUAGGUUGUUGCUGAAGAAACGUUUGCAACUACAUUUUUAACAGAUGCUACAUACAUCCCUCCCAAAAAGAGUGGCACGCUACGCUAGUGUUCAAAAUUUGUUCCAGAAAGAGUGUCAUUUCACCCUCUGGACUAGUUUGGUGGGAACCAGCUACCAAGAGUCAUUUUUUUGUAGGCACAUCAUCUUAUACUAGUAAAAUUAUUAAAGAUUUGUUGGAAAUGGAAAGAUGUACAUGUGCACAGCUGUUCCUUAUCUGGCAGUUCUAUCCCUUUCUCUUGUCGUGCCAGUCAACUAUCAUAUGCUCUGGUUGGGCUCUUUCACUAUGACCAAAUUCCAACAUUAAUUAGAGAAAGCCUUGUAGGAACACACUUGAUGAGGUUACAAUACGUGUGGAACGCUGUACCCUUCAUCCUGCUAUUUUCUGCGCUCCUCUUUAUUCCUGUCUCAACACAUAAAAUCUUCUCCAAAAAUAAACCUUUCAACUUCACUACACCAUCUGCUAGUGCUAGGUUGUUGCUUGAGAUCGGCCAAAGUUCAGGACUUGUUCAGGACAAGGUGAAAGUUGGACAAAAUUUGGAAGAGGACACCCAAAGCAUUAUCAACAUGACUAUGAAUAUGACGUCUGGGUGGUGCAUUGUGAAAGAAGAACUCACAUUUCCUGCUGGAGGUGCCCCUUUCAGAAGUUGCCAUGCUUCAACUAUUGUACAGAUUGAGGAACACAAUUUUUUGGUAGCAUAUUUUGGUGGAUCCAGCGAAGGUGCUCCAGAUGUUAAAAUCUGGUUACAGAGAUAUAGUGAUGGACACUGGCAUCCUCCAGUGGUCGCUGAUCAACAAGAUGGGGUGCCCAUGUGGAAUCCUGUUUUGUUUCAACUUCCCUCACGUGAGCUUCUUCUAUUCUACAAGAUUGGUCAAGAAGUUCAGAAGUGGAGCGGUGCCAUGAAAAGAUCGUUAGAUGGCGGUGUAACCUGGUCACAGAGAGAGCAGUUACCUCCUGGUAUCCUUGGUCCUAUUAAGAAUAAGCCUUUCUUGCUUGAAGAUGGGCGCCUACUGUGUGGAUCAUCAGUUGAAAGUUGGAAUUCUUGGGGUGCAUGGCUUGAGGUUACGAAAGAUGCCGGACGGACAUGGAGAAAGUAUGGCCCUAUAUGUAUAGAAGGUCAACCACUUGGGGUGAUUCAACCAGUUCCCUACCGGACUGACAAUGGGACUAUUCGAGUGUUGCUGCGAUCAUUUGAAACAAUCGGACGUGUCUGUAUGGCUGAUUCUGUUGAUGAAGGUGUGACAUGGAGUUAUGUCCAUGAGACUGAGCUUCCAAACCCAAAUUCUGGAAUUGAUGGAGUUAAGAUGAAGGAUGGAAGAGUACUGCUUGCCUACAACACCUUCUCCAGAGGAACGCUCAAAAUUGCAGUCUCCUCAAACGAUGGCGAUUCAUGGGAUGAAGUAAUGACGCUAGAGGAUACCAAAGGUAUGGAAUUUUCGUAUCCUGCAGUGAUCCAGUCUUUGGAUGAGCUCAUACAUAUUACCUACACAUACAAUCGGACACAGGUUAAGCAUGUUGUUCUUCAACCUAGUGCAAUGGUGAAGUUGUGAGCCUGCAACUGAUGAAUACCUCUGGGUGGCAACUUCAGGACUCUUCAAGUAUCAUGGUAAAAAAAUGUGUUUCUAAGAAGCAUCCAUGUAACCGGGUACCAAAAUUAUGAAACCUGUUAUGUACCCGGGAUAUGUCAAGCCACGCACUCCAGAUUGUGAAGAAAACUUUGAAGUAGAACAGGAAUCUGUCAUCCGCACGCUCUUUGUGAAUAAUUCAAGCUUCAGCUGAACUUGUUCCCGAGA